AUGAUGAAAAGAAGUGGAAAACAGUCUGAUAAUGGUCGUGGAAUCAAUACUGAUAAAGUCGAAUAUUAUAAAGAAACCGAACAAGAAGUUACUGAAGAUAAUUCAGAUGAAGAUUUCCAACCGAUUAUGUAUAGAAAAAGAACUAAAAACACGCCGUAUAGUUCUGAAAAUAAAAAGACUAAAAUAAUGUGUGCUACUACUAGCUCAAGCUCCAUAAUAAUCAACCCCAGCUCUUCAGCAGUCAAACCAAGCUCUUCAGCAGUCAAACCAAGUUCUUCAGUAGUUGAAUCAAACUCUUUAGUUGCUGAAUCAAGCUCCUCCAAUUCAAAUGUUGCCAAUUCAAGCUCCCCAGUUUCUGAACAAAUUAAACAAGUGAUCACAAUCAAAACGACUAUUCAAAAUAUUUGGAAUCAGGAUCAUGUACGACCUUUAUACGAUUUAGUCGACAAUGUCAAUAUACUAGUUUUACAUACUUAUAGUUUCUCAAAAUACAUAUUUUUGGAGGAGCUAAAGAAUAGCAUUGACUUCAGCUUGGCAGAUUUUGUAACAAAGGAGUUUUUCGUAGAGGUGUUUCUGGCUCUGAUCAUUCGUCGUAAUGUUCCUGGAAAGGUAAAAGAUAGAACCGCUAUCUAUCGUGAAUUGAUAUCUCGUCACAAAUCAUCGUAUUUUGAAGAUGCUCAAUAUACUCCGUUUGAGAUAAAAUACGCGCAACAGCUCGCAUUGUACGAAUGUACUAAAAUUAAUACGGCUUACCACAAUAAUAUCAAGGCACAUUUUGGUAACAGAUUGCGUAUGUUAUUGAACAUGCUUUCUAAAAAAGAAAAAAAGUUACUCAGUCUCGAUCAUCGUAUGAAAGCUGUAAAUGCCACGAAACAAGCUAUAAAAGAAGCUCGCCGAAAAGAAGUAUUUGAACUCCUUAACAGAAUGAAAUUCGCUGUAUCAAAAAAAGAAAUUCCUUCUUCGGACGUCCUGGAUGAAAAAGCAUUAUCAUCUAAUUCUAUCUAUUAUGAUGUUAAAGCUCACCCAGAAAAGCAUUUCAAUGCUUUCUACAAGAUUGCUAAACUUCUGGAAACUGAAGCAGCUAAAACAUUUAAUUGUUUUCCAAUCAAAACAUCGUUUAUACCAUCCUACAUUACUCUGGAUUCCAAAAUAGUUCAUCAUCACAUACUGAAGCAGAAAACUUCCUUCAAGGCGGAACAAAAGUUUGAGAUUUGGAGCAACGUCGUUAAUUUAAACAAGAAAUCAUUCAAACCUCAAGGACUUAAUAAAUCUCUACGAUUUCAGGGUACCAUUGAAACUGAUGGUAUUUGUGCUUCGGUGUUAAAACAGAAUAUCACCACGGGUAAAAAGCAGCCAAGAAUGAAUAAUAAGAAGACAGAUACUAUCGACGAGGAGUAUGUCGAAAAUAUACUACCUGCUACACUGAAGGAAAACCAAGGCAAAUACGUUUUAAUUGACCCUGGAAGACGAGACCUUAUGUUUUGCAUGCAAGAGUCAAGUACGAAGGAGAAGCCCCAAAUUCUAAAAUAUACAAAAAUCACUAGAAAUAAGCUGACUAGACAUAACAAAAUAUUAAGCAAACAAAAUACGCCAGAGUCAGUAAAAAUCGCCCAACUCAUUUUGUCUAAAACCGUAUCUUCUUUAGUAGACAUUACAAAAUUUAGGGAUUACAUCAAAACCAGAGCCUCUGUCACACAUGUAUUAACGAGAUAUUAUGGAAAUGAAACAAUGACGAUCAAUGAAUCAUAUUUCCCUGGAUCUGUCACGGAAUUCUCAAUACGACGAGGAUGUUUAUACUAUGGAGAUUUGUUUGUUAUAAAUUUUCGAGGAUAUUAUCCGCAACCGAAAGACACUACUAGCACCACUACUGAUUUGAAUUUGUAUGCGACUUAUUUGGAAAUCAUGUUAAAACAAAAGCACAUCGCACAGCGUCUGACUGCAACAACAAAAAACUCACUAAAUGCACUGAUUAGUAACAUGUCCUUAAGUAAUGAAGAUAAUGGGUUAAAACACAAAGCAAGCACACAAUUAGAAAAGUUGCGACUGUUACCUUUCAGAAAGAUAAAAUUCAACAGCAAGCUCUAUCACGAUCAAAAUGAUGCCAAUUUGGUUCAACGGCUAAAGCUAAAGUUUGGGAAAAACUCGAUUUUAGUGAUAGGUAAUUGGUCUGCUCCGAAUACGAAAUUCCAGGAGCCCACAAGAAGUAAAGGCCCAAUCAAAAUGUUGAAGAAGGCAGGAUUUACUGUUCUUUUAAUCGACGAGUUUAAAACGUCCUCAUAUUGCCCUACUUGCGAAAGCGAACUGGAGACAUUCAAGACUGUUGUCAACCCUCGCCCAUACAAAAGAGCCGAUGCACCAACUGUUGAAUGUCACGGUUUAUUAAGGUAG